CCUGCUUUCAAUUUUGCAGUUUCCGCGAAGCAAGUUUCAUUUCUUGCAGACACUUGAAGGUGCGCCAUGGCGAGGAGCGCGCGGGACUGCCUGCUGACGUGCCUGGAGAACUUGAGUGAGGGCGAGUUGAGGAGGUUCAAGGCCAAGCUGAACGAGGUCCCCGUGCGCAGGGGUAACGCGAACAUCCCCCGAGGGAAGUUGCAGAAGGCGGAGACGCUGGACCUGACGAACAUGAUGGUCAGCUUCUACACCGAGAAGUACGCCGUGCAGCUGACCGCCAAGGUGCUGAAAGCCAUCAACUGCAAGGACCGCGCCGAGGAGCUCCUGAUCGCCACCGGGAACAGGUUCAGGAUGCCUUGCAAAGGCCAGGGGAAGAAGGUGCCGCGGGCGCAGCCAGCCGGUAGAGGACGCGCAGCCCAGAGAGGACGCGCAGCCACCCGAGGAUCGCUCGCAGCCCAGAGAGGACGCGCAGCCACCCGAGGAUCGCGCGCAGCCCCCCAGGAUCGUUCGCAGCCCAGAGAGGAUUAUGGGAGCAUCUGGGCGACGGGGCCGCGAAUCAGCCCGAGUACCGGGAGGUGCUGGCCGCAUCCGCAGAGCAGGAAGCGGUGCUGGGAGUGGAGCUGCUCCGCCAGGAGGCCGAUUGCGCGCGCCCCUGGCCUGCGCCCUGGCCGUUGACUUCCUCGCAACCCUCAACCAGCGGCUUAUCUCAUCUCGCCCUGGCGGCGGCGGAUGCUAAGAAUCGCGAAGAUGGGUCUGGAGGGCGCGAAGCCCAGAGAGG